ACAAGUACGCAAACACGGUUGCGUGAAGCGUGGCUCGCAAUCGUGAAAUUUACGAGACUUGCUCGACCUGUAGAUUCUUGUGUGUGUUUUUGUUGUUUUUUUAUCUUUAAUUUUUUAUGCCUCUUGUUUUGCUUAGGUGGCUGUGUUGAUCUUUUAAAUUUUUAAACAAGAAUACAUAAAAUCAAGUGUAACAAAUAAUGGAAGCAAAACAAGAAAUUACAGAGGAAACCUGUAAAAUAGAAAUAGAAUAUAAUGACUUAGACGAUGAUGUUUUUUAUGGCUUUAAAUGUGAAAUUCGAGAGGAAUCCAAUAGGCAAAGUACUCAUGACACAGAUGAUUCUUUGGAUUUGAAUAAUUGUCUAAUAACUACUAAAAUAGAACAUGAAAAUAAACAUCCAUUUGAAGAAAACCAAGGAACUGAGAAAGGUUAUGUCCAAAAUGAAACUAAAAUGGAAGUUAUGGAAAAGCUCAUUGAAGAUUCAUCUUACAAAGGAAAUGAUAUGAGUCGACAAGCAGAAGGAAAAACACUAAAUAAAAACAUGAAAAUUACGACUGGAAAAAAACCUUAUAAAUGUAAAAUUUGUUUUAAGCAGUAUUCUCACCCAAGUAAUUUGAAAACACAUUUGACAGCGCACACUGGGGAAAAACCUCACAAGUGUGAAGUUUGUUGUAAGCAGUAUUCUCACCUAAGUAAUUUGAAAAGACAUUUGAGAGUGCACACUGGAGAAAAAUACCACAAAUGUGAAAUUUGUUUUAAGGAGUUUUCUUACAAACAUAUUUUGAAAAUACAUAUGAGAGUACAUUCUGGGGAAAAACCAUACAAAUGUAAGAUUUGUUUUAAGCGGUUUGGUUUGGCAGGUCAAUUGAAAAAUCAUUUGAAAGUGCACACUGGGGAAAAACCUUACAAGUGUGAAAUUUGUUUAAGGCAAUUUAGUGAAGCAGUUAAUUUGAAAAAUCAUUUGAGAGUGCACACUGGGGAAAAACCUUUUAAGUGUGAAACUUGUUUAAAACAGUGUACUACUGCUAGUGAUUUGAAAAAACAUUUGAGAGUGCACACUGGGGAAAAACCUUACAAGUGUAAAAUUUGUUUUAAGCAAUUUAGUGAAUCAAGUUCUUUAAAAAGUCAUUUGAGAGUGCACUCUGGGGAAAAACCUCACAAGUGUGAAAUUUGUUUUAAGCAAUUUAGUGAAGCAGGUACUUUAAAAAAUCAUUUGAGAGUACACACUGGGGAAAAACCUUACAAGUGUGAGAUUUGUUUUAAACAAUUUAGAAACGCAGGCCAUGCCAAAGAGCAUUUGACAACACACACUGGAGAAAAGCCUCAAAAGUGUAAAAUUUGUUUUAAACAAUUUAGUAGAGCAAGUUAUUUGAAAAAACAUUUGAGAGUGCACACUGGAGAAAAACCUUACAAGUGUGAAAUUUGUUGUAAGCAGUUUGUUCAAGCAGGUAAUUUGAAAACACAUUUGAGAGUGCACACUGGGGAAAAGCCUUACGAGUGUGAAAUUUGUUUUAAGCAAUUUAGUGAAUCAUUUACUUUGAAAGCGCAUUUGAGAACACACACUGGGGAAAAACCUUAUAAGUGUGAAACUUGUUUGAAACAGUGUAUUACUGCUAGUGCUUUGAAAACACAUUUAAGAGUGCACACUGGGGAAAAACCUUACAAGUGUGAAAUUUGUUUUAAACAAUUUAGUACCGCAGGGCAUGCCAAAGAACAUUUGAGAACACACAGUGGAGAAAAACCUCACAAGUGUGAAAUAUGUUUUAAACAAUUUAGUCAAGAUGCUUAUUUGAAAAGGCAUUUACAGAUACACACUGGAGAAAAGCCGUACAACUGCAAAAUUUGUUUUAAGAAAUUUAAUCAAGCGAGUACUUUGAGAAAUCAUUUGACAGUGCACACUGGGGAAAAACCUUACAAGUGUGAAAUUUGUUUUAAGCAAUUUAGUCGAGUAGGUAAUGCUAAACACCAUUUGAGAACACACACUGGAGAAAAACCUCACAAGUGUGAAAUUUGUUUUAAGCAAUUUACUCAAGCAAGCAAAUUGAAAAGACAUUUGAGAGUGCACACUGGGGAAAAACCUCACAAGUGUGAGAUUUGUUUUAAGCAAUUUAGUGAAGCAAGUACCUUGAAAAAUCAUUUGAGAGUGCACUCUGGGGAAAAACCUUAUGAGUGUGAAAUUUGUUCUAGGCAGUUUGCUGUGAAAGGUAACUUAGAAAAACAUUUGAGAGUGCACAUAUGAAAAAUGGCUGGCAUUUGAUGUAGCAUAUGACUUGAAACAACAUAUCCCACCUCCGCUCAAAGAGUGUCAUAAGUCAAAAAAGCAAAGUUUCGAGAAAACGACGUUUAAAGUUUGUCCUACAUUUUCGGGUUUAAUUCAAAAACUAUUAACAUUAAAAUACAUAAUAACUAUUUUAGUCAGUUACAAUGGUUUUUGAAGCUCUAUAAAAUAGCGUAUUAAGUAUAUUAAAAAUAUUUUAAAUAAAUUUUUUUUUUGAGUUGUGACGCUAUACAGACAAAAUAACGAAAAAUUUACUAAAUAUUAUUUAUUAAAAGUGACACUUGCAGUACUUGCAGACUUAUACUUUUUAGUGGUGUAACUUUAAAUGCAAGUAACAACAUUAAACACAAAAUACUGCAAAAAGAUAGAUAAAUAAGUGAUAAAUGUGUCACUUUUCUUGAGCACAUACGCAGAUUGUUUUGAAUAAAGUAUUCACAUAUACUGUCUUAACUCGACACACGACGCUUUAUACACAUCUUAGAUGAACAAAUGCUUUGCACAAGUCGAUAUGUGACACUGUUUGUGUUCGGUGCGUCGUUGAUUUUGGAUAAUCGUAUAAUGACACUAGUGUCAUCUAACGAUAAAUAGUUGACCACAGACGUGACACUUUGUGAGAUAGGAGUUUAUAGUUUUCUUAAUCUGUUGAUGCAAUAAAACCGAUUGUAAAAUUUUUUGAGUUAUGACAAUCUUUGAGCGGAGGUGCGAUAUAAGAAGGUGAAACUAGACUAAGAUGGAGAUGACACCUAAAGAACAAGAAAUGUGUAUUUUGGUGUAGUAUUACAUAAAUCAGAUUUUACUUUUGUGAGUGUUUGUCAGAACUUUCAAUCUGGGAAGCAGAGUCAGUAUCUUUGGGAUGUUCAAAAAUUUGUUUUAAAUUAGGUGGAAAGCUACUUUUGUAAUAUGCAAUAUAAUUAUAUAAUAUCAAA